AUGGCCGCGCGGAGCUGGACGAAAGCACAAGCUGGGUUCGCGAGCCUCAAGGAAGAGACGGGGCGCAAGGCGAUGUUUCUGGAGAUCAAUUUGAAGCCGGUGAGGAGGGCGGCGGUGGAGUUCUUGAGUCAGGAGUGCUACCUCCAUCCCUACCUCUACCUCGCCUAUGUUCCCCUUGCCCUCUCCCACCCGCUCACCCGCGCCCACGCAGGCCUUUUCCUCCUCACGGAACUGCUCACUCCCGCGCUCCUCGCAGGCACGCGCGCGCGCGUGGUUUCCAGCUCCUCGUCCAUCGCGAUGCUCAUCGCCACCUUCCGCGAUGGUCGCGCGAUGAAGCUCGGCACGGAUGCGUUCGCGCGGCCGGCGAAGUUGUCGUUCGGCGCGUCAGCGAUGUAUGUACCAUUUACAGGCUUUGCGCACGCCCAACUCCUCCCUGGGCAUGUGCUCCUCCGGACUUUUGUUGACGGUCCCUGUGGGUCAGCUGCGAUGGCGCGCUGGGGCGAGUACUCGACGGUGCUCCUCAUCGCAGGCGGGUUCGGCGCCAGCUUCGCGUUAUAUGUGCUGCAGUUCAUGACGCUCUGCAUAUCUGGCUGGGACGGGUAG